ACUCCAUAGUAAGAAGUUUUGGCUCGUAAAGUGAUGUUUCUGUUCUCUGAGCACACGGGGUUAAAUGUUCACAUGACGUUCAGUUGGGUUCACCUGCCAGACAACAUCCCUGAUUCACGAAAUGAUCGAUUAAAAUCAUCCAGGCAUCGUCGUCUUAUUUCAGAGAGAGUAGUUUAAAGUAGGCCUAAACUUAGAAUUUAGAACCAUAGAAUUGUUUAUCAUAAUUUCCGCCAGAAUGCCAUAGUUAUUAGCCUAUUUGCAGUCCUACUGUAUAGUCUGCUAUAUUUUAAACCAGUCUAAGCUGGUUUGUUGGUCUUAGCUGGUCUUUCCCAGAGGGUUUUGGGUACUUUUUAGUUGAUCAGGCUGGUUUAAGCAGGGUUUUUUCCUGCACAGGGAUGAAAAAGCAUAAUUGAUAUGCGAUAGUCUAAAUUUUCUGCAGUAUGCCUAUGAUUAAAUUAUUGUUGAUGACAGUAAACCUAAUACAAAGAUAUCAAAGUUUACAGUAAGAAGUGCAGAUAUCUUGUUAGAAACUCUGAUUACCAUGGUCAUUUUUUGUAAAUGUAUCUUCCGCAACACUUUUCACCACACUUUAGGCCUAGUUUUUCUGUCCUCGUGAUGUUUUCAGUGUAAUUAGUGUUGCUAAUGAUCUGUACAUGCAUUCCAUAUGCAUUUUGCUGAUGCAUACUGAAUAGUUGCUGUUUGGUUAAUAAUAGAUCCAUUUUAUUAUUGGGAUUUUUCCGUUCCUGUGCUCUGUGGAAUCUUUGAAAGGAAACUGAGGCCACUCUUAAUUGGAUGAAUUUCCACUUGGAAGGAGUGCACAGAUUAACUGCAUGAAGAGACACUUUAAAACCAUACAGAAAGAGAUAAAGACACUAUAACAGUCUUUUACACUAUAGGAUGCUUGAAAAUAGUUUUCCAAUAUAUAUUCUUCUCUCUCACUAUAUUCUCAAUCAUUGUUUUGUUGUGAAUAAAUGCAAUAUUCUUCUGUACGCCACAGUAUAACAAUUACAGUAUAGGGUCCAGAUGGUCACAAAUCUGAAGAAAAAAAAAAGUUUUAGGAUUUUUUUUAAAACAAACAUGAUAUUAAAUGUAGAAAUUUGUGACCCUGACCAAGAUGGUCAAAAAUCUCAAAUCAUGCUGGAUCACAUGAUCGUCAGAGUUUAUUUGGCUCAAAUGCUUUCGGUAAAGCGGUCAUGACAUGAGAAAUCAAAUUUACCUUGAUCUUUGUACCAUUAAAAAGAUUCAUAACUUAAAACAUCCUCCUCAUUAUAAACAAAUCACGCUCCAAAAAACAGCUCAUUUUGAUAUUGAGGGAUCUGUGACGUCACAUGGGAAAAUACAUUUGAAUAUGACAGCCUUCAGAGCAAGACAUCGACGAAUAGUUAUACAUCAUCGCACCAUAGGCUCCGCCCACUGGCGUUCAGCCAAUUAAAGACCGACAUUUGCAUACACUGGGUGUGCGCGUCACAUCAAAAGCAAACAGAAGCCAUUAUAAUAACUGACGCUGUCUACACUGGAUACAGUAUACAGAUGUGCGUUCAGUUUCUGACAUACUCAACACACUGAGUCUCCCGACAACAGGACAAAUGGAAGAGUGAAAGAACGUUCACUUUAGACACGUCCAGUUUAGACAGCUUGUUUGCGUCUCUAUAGAGACUUCAGAAGGGAUCCCAGCGUGGAUAGUUUACUUACUGGCAUCCCAGAUCACGUGAUAGGAUAAUAUGUUUGUUCGGAGCAUUUUAUUUUGUCAGCAAGGCAAAGAGUAAUGGAGAGUUUGCAAAGAAACAUUUGUUGACAGAUGAAGCAGCCAACUGUAUUGGAUCUGACAGCAGCUGCAUCACAAACUGAGGUGUGUGUCGUCUUGCUCGUGCAAUAACCGUAUCAUGGCAGCCUUCAAAGGUGUGUGGACUCAGGAGUUCUGGCGAGCGGUUUCGGGGGAGUUUUUAGCCAUGUUGAUAUUCGUGCUGCUUAGUCUGGGAUCAACCAUCAACUGGGCAGCCAAACAGGAGAACCCUCCACCUGCCGACCUCGUCCUCAUCUCUCUCUGCUUCGGCUUAUCCAUCGCAACCCUCGCCCAGUGUUUCGGGCACAUCAGCGGUGCCCACAUCAACCCGGCCGUGACUGCGGCGAUGGUUGCCACACGGAAGCUGAGCCUGGCAAAGGGUGUUUUUUAUUUGUUGGCACAGUGUCUGGGGGCAGUGGUGGGGGCGGCCAUCUUGUAUGGAGUGACACCAGCGUCGGUGAGAGGAGGUCUGGGAGUGACUUCUGUCAAUUCUGAAAUCUCCACUGGUCAUGCCAUUGUGAUAGAGCUCAUAAUCACUUUUGAGCUCGUCUUCACUGUCUUCGCCACCUGUGACCCCAAGCGCAGUGAUCUGAAGGGUUCGGCAGCGCUGGCCAUUGGUCUGUCGGUGUGCAUCGGCCAUCUGUUUGCUAUCCCGUACACUGGAGCCAGCAUGAAUCCAGCUCGCUCUUUUGGUCCUGCGGUCAUCAUGGGAAAAUGGCAGGACCAUUGGGUGUACUGGGUGGGCCCUUUAAUAGGGGGCAUCAUGGCUGCCGCUGUGUACGAAUAUCUCUUCUGUCCCGACCCUGACCUGAAGCGGCGCUAUGCAGACGUCCUCCCCAAGAGCCCCUUCCAAAUCGAACCGUAUCAGGUAGUGGACACAGAAACGUACCCCAGCGAUCAAGCCCAGCACAUGGCCAAGCAGGCAGCGAUGCGCGUGCUGGAGCUGGAGCGGGUCGAGAAGAAGGAGAGGGAGUCGGCUGGAGAAGUGCUGUCGUCUGUAUGACUAGUGAGAUGCACUGAGGAGGAGCUCAAAGAGACGGAUCUGAUCUAGAGUCGCAGAGUGGGAAUGACUCCCAACACUUGACUUUAAUCAUUAAGAAUGGUCCCUGUACACCAGUCACAGCCCAUAGACCUCAUAGCCAAUUGAAUCCACUUUGAAGGUUUCAGCCAGUCACUGAACAUCCUUUAGCAGAUGAACCUCAUCAACCGCUGAAUCAAUAACUAAAUGGGAUUCUCACAUCUAAGCAAAUGUAACGGUUUUGUUUGGUCUACGGGUUAUUACCUGGCAAUCAGGGUUGAGAUGAGAUCAUCACCAUAGUAAUGCAGAUCAUUUUCCUUCUCGGUGCACUCUGUGUGAGUUAACCCCUUCUGUCCUCUCCCUCUGUCCUGAGUAUUUUUAUACUUUAUUUUUUCCUUAAGGUUAUGAAUGUUGUCUUUUGUCUGAAAUCUGUAUAAUUGCAACCCUGCAUGAUUUUUAUUUUAUUUUUUAACCCUAAAAUGCAUGAUUUUUAUUUUAUUUUUUAACCCUAAAAUGCAUGAUUUUUCCGACACAUGCACACAAAACCCAAACAUUUCGUGUCCUUCCGACUUACUCUCAUGCUCUUGAGAGCUCAUGUAAUCAAUGAGAAUUUUAUUUACUAGUAUAUGCCUAAUGUUUUAGAUGGAUUUUUCUUUAAAGAGGUCCUUGAUUAUGAUUUGACUUUUUUAACUUUAGUUAGUGUGUAAUGUUGCUGUUUGAUCAUAAACAACAUCUGCAAAGUUACGACGCUCAAAGUUCAAUGUAAAGGAAGAUAUUAUUUUAUUU